AUGCAAACGAACAUGGUUCCGCCCGGCUUGACAGAUUCGGAUUUCCAAACUCUGAAAACCAAGGCGUUAAGGGCUCGCGAGCUGUCCUACAGCCCGUAUUCCAAAUUUAGGGUGGGAUGCAGCAUAAUGACAGAGUCCAAAACGUGCGUUGUUGGUGCCAACGUUGAGAAUGCGAGCUACGGUGCUGGUAUAUGUGCAGAGCGAACGGCAAUCGUUAAGGCUGUGACCUCUGGCCAUGCCAACGAUUGGCUAUGUCUGGCAAUCAGCGGUGACGCGCUUGAGACCUGCAUUUCACCCUGUGGCAUCUGUAGACAAGCGAUUCGCGAGUUUGCAAGUUUGAAGCUGCCAAUUGUGAUGCUCAAUGGCGAUGGCUCCAAGUGCGUUGUCAAAACGCUACAAGAGCUGUUGCCCAUGAGCUUUGGACCCGAAGACCUCGACACCCACUAG